UUUGUAGGAAUGGAGGGGAAAAAAUUGAUUUCUGCAACAGACACACAGUAUUCUAAUGUGCUCCUCCAGUCUUUGAAUGAACAACGCGGCCACGGACUUUUUUGUGAUGUUACCGUCAUCGUGGAGGACCGGAAAUUUCGAGCUCACAGAAACAUCCUUUCAGCCUCAAGCACAUAUUUUCACCAGCUUUUCUCAGUCGCUGGGCAAGUGGUUGAACUGAGCUUUGUAAGAGCAGAAAUUUUCGCAGAAAUUCUUAACUAUAUUUAUAGUUCCAAAAUAAUCAGCAUUCGAUCCGAUUUACUUGAUGAACUGAUUAAAUCAGGGCAACAGCUGGGUGUUAAAUUCAUAGCCGAUCUGGGCGUACCUCCAUCUGAAGGAAAAAACAUGCCAAGCGAGGUCAAAGACGGUGCUUCAAAAACUUCAACUUCUAGUCCAGGUCAAAAGGAUGCUGAAACACAAGUACCUGUAAUAAGGCCAGAGAGUCAAGAGGUAACGGAUGGGAUGCCGGUUAUAACACAGUCAUUCUCCUUACAUGGCAUAGAAUACGAGCCUACAAAAAUUACAGUGAGUGAUUCAGAUGAUGAGGAUGAUGAUGUAAUUUUUUGCUCUGAGAUUGUUCCUCCAAAAGAAUGUACUAAAGAUACAAAUGCUGCAGCCCAGAACCAGCCUUGCCCAAGUCCAGCUGGAGUUUCUGACCAAAAAUCGUGUGGCCGUGGUGGCUCUCCCCAUUUGACGAGCACGACAGCAGCUCAAAAACUCACUUCAUCUGCCAGUCAGCUAAGCCCAAACCAAACGCAGUCAAGUGCCAAAUCACUUGUCUCUGCCACACCGCAGCAUUUGACUCCUAAUAUCAUUGUGCUAAAUAAGCCUCUACUUAACUCAUCGCUCGGUGCCAGCUCCUCGCAUCAAACACAUGUGACUCCUACAAUUAAUUUACUUGAGGAGAACCAGCAGCCAUCUAAUAAUGGCUCCUUAACUGAAGUGGAAACAACUGCUGUUGAUGAUGAAGAGGUUGUUGAAGAUGAUGUCGAUAUCAUUAGCUCCUCUACAACCACUGAAGGAUCAGGUGUACAGAAAAAACAGGUUGUUACCUUUUCACAAGAGCCAUUUUCUAAACCUGGAGAAUUUAAAAUAAAAAUCUCAGAUGUCCUUACUGGAAACAACAAGGAAUUCAGUUCAGGUAUAGCAUCAAAGCAUGUGGCAGAAGGGCAGAAAAUCAUAACAUUAGAUACAGCAACUGAAAUAGAGGGGCUAUCCACAGGCUGUAAGGUUUAUGCAAAUAUCGGUGAGGAUACAUACGACGUAGUCAUUCCUGUAAAGGGUGAUUCGGAGGAAGGCGAAGCCAAGGUUGAUGAAACUCCUAAAACAUCUGGUGGCGAUUCUCCAAACAGAAAACGCAUGAAAGUAAAGCACGAUGACCAUUACGAGCUCAUAGUGGAUGGAAGAGUCUACUACAUUUGUAUUGUGUGUAAGAGAUCAUAUGCAUGUCUGACGAGUUUACGGAGACAUUUUAACGUUCAUUCCUGGGAGAAGAAGUAUCCGUGUCGAUAUUGCGACAAAGUUUUUCCUCUUGCAGAAUACCGUACAAAGCAUGAAAUUCACCACACCGGUGAGCGAAGGUACCAGUGCUUGACAUGUGGCAAAUCUUUCAUCAACUACCAAAUUACAGCCUCCCACAUAAGAUCAGUUCAUAGCCAAGACCCUUCUGGAGAUACCAAGCUUUAUCGAUUGCAUCCUUGCAGGUCUUUGCAGAUCAGACAGUAUGCGUACAUUACUGAUCACUCAAGCAGUAUACCAGUAAUAAACGAGGGUGGAAUUGUUUAUCGUGUUGGCACAGGGAAGGAUGGCGCUGAAGGAACAACAUCUAACCCUCCAGCCAAACAAAUUACCUGGGAUGACAUUUUCAUUCCACAGGGAAAUGAAGCAAUUUUUAAACAAAAUCCAUCAGAGGGAAGUACUGAAUUUGAGUUUGUAAUACCGGAAUCUUACUGAAACGCAUUAAAUGCUGGAAGAAGGAUUCAGUGCAGAAAUACUGCAGCUGUUUUAAAUGAGCUGUUAAAAUCACUGUAAAUCAAAUGUUAAAGUGAAAACAAGUUAACUUGUUCUACCAAGUCAUCAAAUGGUAGCACUUGGAUGGAUCAUUAGUAGCUGCAAGUGAUUUGUGGAAGCAAUUAAUCUGAAAGUUUACUUGAAUAGAGAAUAAGUUAUUUCCAAGGAGCUGGCAGUGUUUUCUGGUAUGUUAAUUUUGAUCGAAAUGUGGGGAUUUGUAGCUUGAAAAGGUACAAUUUCUCCUAAAGAGCUAGAAAUCUUUCCUCUAAAGCAAUUGAGGUAUUUCCUGUACCCAUGCUUACUCUGUAAACUCUUUAUUUCAUGUUAGCACUUUAAUGCUGAAUUGUGUUUAGACGUUAAUCAAGAAAACAGUAAGAUUUUUUUCAUCGUAGUCUCUUGAAUAUGGAACUAUUUUUAAAAAAAAUCCCACAACUCUUAUUUAUUUGUGAACAAUGCAUUACUGCAAGGGUGCAAAAUAACUGAUCCAGUACUUCAAAGUAGUGUAUUUUUGAACUAGCAUCUUAGUUCUGCUUUUAUAAGCACUGUGAAUCAUCUGUCUUCAUGCAAAUAGUCUUGCCAACAAGAGAUACUCAGUUAGGGCUAACUUGAACAAACUUUAUUUAUACUUGGCAGUAUGGUGAGCAGAGUAUUCAGUGUCUGGACCAGUAUAUUUUACUCUUUCUGCAACAGGGGGGGAAAAAAACCCCAAAACCACAAAGCUCAGUAGUGAAGAAGCUUAGAAUACUGAGGAAGGAGAUAAUUUUGCCUUUUCCAAGCUUGAGGAAUGUUAGGCUUUCUUACUCCUGGAAAAGAUGCCAGUAGUUAGUUUGGAAUAAAGUGCUGUUCCUUUUUUUGCUCUUCAAGAAGAAGGGUUUCAGUCUCGUAUCUUAAAAAAAGUAGUACUUAUGAUAAAAGUAAUACUUUUUUUUUUUUUUUAGCUGAAGGCUUUGAAAUUUACUUCUCAAAACUACGAAAUAAUCUAAGUGCUGUAUCGGUUUAGCACUGAGACUGCUGAGGAUCUUGUAUGCCUAUUUGGCUAGACCUUUAAGUGAAACAGGGAUUUGGAUUUCCCCUCUCCCCUUUAUAGGGUGUGGAAGCACGAGCACUAAACCAACACUCAAAAAAUACCCUCCAUCCACCAUAAUCCAAAGUAUCGUUUCUCUGCAGUUGUCUAGUUGUCAUCUGUUUUCAGUUUUGCAUUUAUUAUAUUGUCCUUUUUUUCUCCUUACAAUUGGUACAUGUUUCGGCACUUAGAAGAUAAAUUAGAUGUCCAGCUUGAACAGGAAACAGUAGAUCUGAGAAAAACAAAGAGCUGUUUACCGGAGUCAUAGUUUAGCAUUUCAGAUGUAGUCACUUGUUGAAUUUUUGUGAAUGGUAAUAUGAAAACUGCUCAAGUUCUAGAGAUGACUGAGAAAGAUUGUCGUGCAUAGUACUACUUAGUUACCGUAACCUUUCAUUGCUUGAAUUACAGUUCAAGGUUUUUCUUUUCUCUUUCAUGUUUUAAGUAAACAUCUUGAUCCUAAGACCUUCAGGGUAAGGUUUUUAGACAUACAGUACUCUAGACAGAAAGACAUUUCAGUGCUAAAUUGUUCAAAUACAACUUGAGCUAUAAAAAAGAAAUCUGUAUGAGUAGCGAUGGGAGAGAGAGGAGGAUUUGUUUACCUUAUGCAUGUAAUGCUCAGCACUUCUGUUUUGUAGGCCAAGCACAUGAUACACAUGGCUAUUUUCAGAUCAGAUUGCCGACCCCUUUGAAUAUAAUGGGGUAUGCUUUCCAGUGUUACCGGUUGGAUGUUAGAAUCUGAGAUGGCGUUUCAGCAGUCAAACAUCGUUCUCACGAGACAUAAGUGUUGACUGCCUGUAUUAGCACAGGUGGCUCUGACGUAGCUGGCUGCGUGCUAUAUUGAGACUUCCCUAACUUUUUGACAAGAAGAAUACAAUGUUAUUUUUGUUAUUGACAUGACACAUCUGGAAUUAAGCAUACAUUGCAAAGUGUACAUUCAGUAAUGAUUAAACGUAAUGGCUAUCGAUAUUUGCUGCUGAUAUAUUUAAAACCUUAAAUUAAACUGUGCCUACUAAAGGUCUCUUUUUGGAGGAAAACUGGAAAAUUAGGGCUUUGUAACUAUUUUUGCUAGGAGACUCUUGCUUGCAUGUGUCUCAGGGUCUUCAGUUUUCCUUGGAAGUGAUUUUUGAUAUCCAAAGUCUAGAGGUCAUGUAAAGCAUUUUUUUAAUUUCACUUCCAGUAUUUAUUGGUUUGGAAACAUGUUUAAAUCCAUUCUUUUAAAACUUUUUAUGGGGCCAUGAGGUUUUAUAUUUAGAUUUCUGGCUAUUGCACUUAUAUUUGGGUUUUUGUUUGUUUUUGUAAACAACUUAGCUUCCAGUUUAACUUAAUGAAACACCUUAUGUAAAUAUUAAAAAAAUUGGCUUUGGGGUAAUGGAAGAAAAAGAUUG